AUGAAUAAUUUGCAGAAUGGGGGCAAUUUCAAGGAGAGUCACGAGAAGUACAGCAUUUUCUCCAAAAGCCAAAACUCUUUAAGACGUCUGCUGACUGAUGACAAACUUCAAAUCAAGUGGAGGAACGGACUUGAAUUUGAAGUUGCCAAUCAUCACUCUCAAAUCAUCCGUGAAAUUGCAUCUCUCAGAGGAUUCCAUGUUAAGGAACAUGGAGGUCACCAUUCCUACAUCAACUACAACCCAGAGAAGUUGAACAUAUCGGAAAAGACAUCCACGCUAGCAACAUCUACUUUGAAUGAGUCCCAUGUGGAGCUUGUGGUCCAACAGUUAUCUUUUGGAGGAAAGAAAGAGAACUUCAAUCGAAUAGAAGCCUAUAUCAAACAUCUGCCAAACUGCUGUGUGGUGGAUGAGAAGGGACAUCCCGUGUCUUGGCUGCUGACUGAUGAGUUGAAUGGCCUCAGAAUGGCUUACACUCAACCAAAGUACAGACGGAAAGGUCACUUUCAAGAUAUGAUGCAUACUCUGAUCCGGCAAAGAAUAUCGGAAAGUUUUCCCGUCUACUGCCAUCUCCAUAAAGACAACGCGGCCGCUAUUGGAUUCGCGAAUAAGGCUGGCUUCACCCGUGGUGAGGAGACAACCUUCAUGUUCAUGAGUACAUCUGAGAAGUAAAUUAUCACCCAAAAAUCUGUCUCUGUUUGGAAA